AUUAGAUUUUAUGUUCUUAGCUUUUGUAUAGGCUUUGGGUUUUAGCAUGGUAAUUUGGGACAGGAUGAACUAGUUCUAGUUUAUUCUUACCUUGGGCUUCCAUGCUGGAAUGCCAAUGAAGGAUAUAGAAUCUUUUGAAUGCCCCUUGACAUAUUUUGUUGGAAAUGCAUUUGCAGCUGCCGUUGUUACUAAAGACUCAUGGAAGAAGUCAAUAUUGAGCAGUGAUGUCCCUGUUCUGGUGGAAUUUUAUGCAAGCUGGUGUGGACCUUGCCGGAUGGUUCACCGAGUAAUUGAUGAGAUUGCAGGAGAGUAUGAUGGGAAACUAAACUGCUUUUUGCUCAACACCGACAAUGACUUACCAGUUGCCGAGGAUUAUGAGAUUAAGGCAGUGCCAGUGGUCUUGCUGUUCAAAAAUGGAGAGAAACGGGAGUCCAUUGUUGGUACCAUGCCUAAGGAAUUCUAUAUUUCUGCCAUUGAGAGGGUUCUGGAGUCAUAAACAUGAAUCUGUCUGCAGUGAAGUUGUCAACAUUCAUUUCACGAAUAUUCAGUAAAUAAUUUGUUCAUCCUCUAGUUAUCACUUGCUGUUAACCACCAUGACUGUUGAGCUGAACUAGAAUCUUUAGAACACUUCCCUGCUGUUCACCUAGUCCUUUUCCUUUCAGGGUUCAAAAAUGCGAAGCAAAUGAAUCAUCUUUUUCUUGUCUUGUUGUCCUAUUUGUUAAUGUUGGAAGAUCGGGCUAGUGUCGAGCUUGAGUAAAGCCCAAUACAUAUA